AUGGAUUUUUUUGACGACAGUGCUGUUUCUCCUCAGCAGCAGGUGCCAGCCAUUGUAAGGAGCAUCCACCAGAGGCUGGUGUCCCAUGUCGCUCUGGAUGCCAGGCUGCAAAUUGACAUUGUGAGGCUGGCUGAAGAACACCCUGAUGAUGUGGUGCUGACCCUCCUGCGCUGUGCCCCAACAUGUGACAGGUUUGCAGUGCAGGCCAUGAAGGCUCUGCUCUACCUACUGCGCUGUGACAAUGAGGUCAUGUCUAUGGAGCGCAAGCGUGGAUGGGACACGAUACUGUGUGCUCAUACCCAGCACUAUGCCGUGGGUCUGCUGGCCAGGGAGAUGCGCCGUCGCUUGGUCCCUUUGUGCUCUCGCAUCGCACUCCACUUGCUCCGGCAGCUCAGCAGGGAGGACCCAUACAGGAAUCUGCCCUUCCUGGCAUUCCUUGUGGAGGUCCUCGAGUGCCUGGACUUGAGUGAAUGUGGUGACAGUGUCCUGAUGGUCUUGGCAAGGCACCUGCACAGCAAGUGCAGGGAGCAGCGUCGGCUGGCGCUCAGAGGCCUCGUGGUGGUCAGCAAGGAUCCCCUGCUGGCCAGGAGAAUGUGCAUCCUGUCUCAAUGGCUUGUGGAUGUUCUGGCUGAUGAAGAUGGAGAGGUGGUCAGCAUGUCCCUCUCUGUGUUCACCAAUGUGCUCCAGCACAAAGACAUCCUAGUAUCCAGCACCACUGCCCCAAAGCUGGCUGAGUCACUCCUGCUGCUCUUUGAUCAUGACAACAGCCAUGUGCAGGUGCUCUCCAUUGAACUCUUCAGCAAGGUGGUGGAAUUGGUAGUAGAUGAGGGAAAAAAGCCACUGAAGACAAUUGUGGACAAGAGCCUGUAUGCACUUUUAAUUAACUGUCAUGAUGAGAACUUGGACGUGGCAAAGGCCUCUCGAGAAACGCUGCUUCGUGUGGCCAAGUUCCUGAAGAGGAGGAGGCUCGUACAGCUGUUGAAGAAGCAGCCGCCGAUGAAUGUGGAGGAGUGCCAGGCCCGAGCCGGGUGCCCAUGGAGCCCCGGCCCGGCGGGGCUGCGGGCCGGCACCGCGGCUCCCCGGGCAGCAGCCGGCCCUCUGCCCCCUGCCCUCGGGAGCCCUUGGCCAGCGGCUGCUGGCCGCGCCUCAGGGCUCUGCGGCCAGGGGAGGCCGGGGCUGGGCGCAGGCAGUGCCGGCCCAGGGGCUGAGCCCGUGCCAACCCUUCCCUCCUGCCGCUCUCUGCAGCUGGCAGAGGACAGCAGCCGAGCGGCCGAACACCUGUGCCGGGCCCUGCGCUACCUGGAGAGCCCACAGGAGCCGCUGCGAGAGGCGGCCGUCAGGUUCAUGGGCAUGGCCGGGCGGUGCCUCAGGAGGCAGCAGCAAGAGCUCCGGCUGAUCUGGACAGCCCUGCAAGCCCGGAGGCAACGUGCCAGCCCAUCCUGCCGUGACCUUGAAAAUCAUGCUGAGUUUCCCCAAAGAGCUGAAGAACUGGGGACGUCUUCUGGAUCCAGUCAACCAGUGCCCCAAGAAGAGCACCAGGAGACACCCAUGAGGACACUGCCUCCCAGCAGUGCUGGAAGUCCUGGCACAGCUGAUGCUGGGCAGAGUUCUUGUGGCUUCAGCCCUCUCCCUGCCUGUUGACUGCCCAGUCCCUCCCACGCCUCAGUCUCUGCUCAUCCCCACUUUUUCCCUCCACUCUCUCUCCCUAUAGGUGGCUCCCUCCCUCCUCAUCUCAUACCCUUGUCCAUCCUCCUUUUCUCUCUCCACUCUCCCUCCCUAUAUGUUGCUCCCUCCGUCUGGCCCUCACACUCUCCAUCCCCAUUUUUUCCCUCCAUUAUUCCUCCCUUUAGAUAGCUCUGCCCCGCCGGUCCCCAGACUGUCCAUCACCUUUUUGUCCCUCCACUCCGUCCCUGUUGACAGGUCCCUCCCUCCAGCCCUCAGACCCUGCCCAUUUCCUUUUUUCCUUCCGAGCUCAUCCCUUUGCUUCGCCUUUCAUUAAUAAACAGUUUGGCAUCUUCA